AUGGCAGGAGGUGGAGCUGCGCCGCAACCAAAGCAAGAUGAACUUCUUCCACAUCCGGUUAAAGAUCAAUUACCAAAUGUUUCUUAUUGCAUUACAAGUCCUCCUCCAUGGCCCGAGGCAAUCCUACUUGGCUUUCAACAUUACCUUGUGAUGCUUGGUACAACGGUUCUAAUUCCAAGCUCUCUAGUUCCUCAAAUGGGAGGUGGAAAUGAAGAGAAAGCCAAAGUAAUUCAGACACUACUAUUUGUAGCCGGAAUUAACACAUUUUUCCAAACAACAUUCGGGACUCGUCUUCCCGCCGUUAUCGGAGGAUCCUACACUUUUGUUCCAACAACUAUUUCAAUUAUUUUGGCCGGUCGCUAUAGCGACAUUGUUAAUCCUCAUGAGAAGUUUGAGAAGAUAAUGAGGGGAACACAAGGUGCACUUAUAGUUGCUUCAACACUUCAAAUUGUUCUUGGUUUUAGUGGACUUUGGCGCAAUGUAGUUAGGUUCUUAAGUCCUCUCUCCGCGGUUCCCUUGGUUGCUCUCUCAGGCUUUGGUCUGUACGAAUUCGGAUUUCCAGUGCUUGCAAAAUGCGUCGAGAUUGGACUACCAGAAAUCAUCAUCCUAGUAGUAUUUUCACAGUACAUUCCUCACAUGAUGAAAGGAGAAAAGCCGAUCUUUGAUCGAUUUGCAGUUAUAUUCUCGGUGGCAAUUGUGUGGCUUUAUGCUUAUCUUCUUACUGUUGGUGGAGCAUACAAAAACUCAGCACCUAAAACCCAAAUUACAUGUAGGACAGAUCGCGCUGGAAUCAUAGGUGGUGCUCCUUGGAUAAGAGUCCCAUAUCCGUUUCAAUGGGGAGCUCCAACAUUUGAUGCUGGUGAAACUUUUGCUAUGAUGGCUGCUUCACUUGUUGCUCUAGUAGAGUCAACUGGUGCUUUCAUUGCUGUAUCAAGGUAUGCAAGUGCAACUCCGAUUCCACCUUCGGUUCUUAGCAGAGGUGUAGGCUGGCAGGGUGUUGGAAUAAUGUUGUCCGGGAUAUUCGGGACAGGAAAUGGAUCAUCAGUUUCUGUGGAAAAUGCAGGACUCUUAGCUUUGACACGCGUAGGUAGCCGAAGAGUUGUCCAAAUAUCGGCCGGAUUCAUGAUUUUUUUUUCAAUUUUGGGAAAAUUCGGAGCAGUAUUUGCUUCAAUUCCAGCACCUAUUGUUGCAGCUUUAUAUUGCCUAUUCUUUGCUUAUGUUGGCUCUGCAGGUCUUAGCUUCCUUCAAUUUUGCAAUUUAAACAGUUUCAGAACAAAAUUCAUCUUAGGCUUCUCUAUUUUCAUGGGAUUUUCUAUACCGCAAUAUUUCAACGAAUACACAGCAUUUAAAGGCUAUGGUCCUGUACACACGCGCGCAAGAUGGUUCAAUGACAUGAUCAAUGUUCCGUUUGCGUCUGAACCAUUUGUUGCUAGUCUCUUGGCGUUGUUCUUAGACGUUACGUUGCAUAAGAAAGACAACCAAAUGCGAAAAGAUAGAGGAAUGCAUUGGUGGGAUAAGUUUCGAUCGUUCAAGACAGAUACGAGGAGUGAAGAGUUUUAUUCUCUUCCUUUCAAUCUAAACAAGUUUUUUCCUUCUGUGUAA